UUCCUUUUACUUCUAGUUCUUGCGAAGUUUAUUAUAAGUCUUAAAAGUAGUCUUGUUUUCAUUUUCAGUUUCACGCCUUUAAUGCCUCCCAUCAUAAAUGCACAGCCAUUGGACCAGCAAAGGGUGCACCAUCUUAAGUUACAGCUAGUGGUUACAAAGCCUUCAUAUGAAUUUCCUUAUUUAUUCGUUCACUUUGCCCGGUUCUAACCAUAUGAAUAGAAUAUGAAAUGUGAAAUAUGCAUUUACUGUUUCAGGCAAAGCUUAUUUUCCGCGAAAUGUCCGGCGGUAUUCCUGUAUCUGGUUCGGUGUGAUCGUUUUGGUUGUUGGUUGUGUUCUAAGUACAGCGAAAUUCCUGUAAUCGAGAGAUGAGGGAGACGUGUUGUAUUCGAUUGGGGUUUACAGACGAAUACUUAAUGUUAUGAGAUAUGUAAUGUUUUAUCCAACUAAAAAAACAUUUGCAGCAGUCAUUUUGGAUACGUGCCAAUAAUAUAUUAUACUUUUUAAAUGUAAUUUUAUUUUAUAGGUUCUAGGUAAUUCGUGUUCAGUUCAGGCCACGGAAUGUAAAUGCAUAUUUAAUCUAAAUGAGGGUAUCUGCCCUCUUGUAAUUUUUAGGGUGACUAAGCACGUUUAUUCACUCAAGGGCUUUUUCCAUUCCUCUACUAUCCAACUCUUUCUCUCAGCGCUGACACAAAAAGGAAGUGAUUACCUCCUACUCAGCAGUAUUUUGUUUUUCUCUCAGAUCCAGCUCUCUCACAACUCCUCCUUAUUUUCUUUCUUCUCCACUGUUCCAGUGUUCAUGAUGAUCCCUGUAGCAGACUUCCAGAAGCUGGCCUCAGACCAUAACCCCCAGUUCCGUGCUCUGAAGCCUUGGUGGGAUGUGCUCACAGAAUAUCUGUGCGUAGCCAUGCUGAUGAUGGGUGUAUUUGGUUGCACGCUUCAGCUAACCCAGGACAAGAUCUUCUGCCUCCCGAGCCGCCCGUCUUCUGAAUCCCCUGAAGAAGUUAGAUGUAGCCAGCCGGCAGAACGUUCUGGAACGAGCCAGCCGGCAGAACGUUCUGGAACGAGCCAGCCGGCAGAACGUUCUGGAACAAACAGCGUGUGGAAGGACACUGACACCAAGGAUCAUAACUUUACAUCGCAUGAAAUGUUUGGCCGAAAAAAUCACCUGGACAUUCACCAGUAUGUCUUCGUUAACAAUUACUGCUACGAGACAGCUGUGCACUGGUAUGGUAAAUAUUUUCCCUACCUAGUGGUGGUGCAGACUAUGCUAUUUAUGAUUGCCAGUAGCUUCUGGUUCAAGUUUCCUGGGACCUCAUCCAAGAUUGAACUAUUUGUCACCAUCCUGGGAAAGUGCUUCAAUUCCCCCUGGACUACGCGGACAAUCAGUGAGGUGUAUGAGGAGGGUGGUGAGGAGAGCUUAGUCAUGUGGAAGAGGAAUAUAAUGUCAGUAUCUGAUAGAAAAGAGAGCCUGAUUGAGGAUGGUGAGAAUGUUCACCUGCUUAAAUCAGCCUCUUUUAAAUCCAACCAAGAGAAAAUGGCUCCUGAACAAAAGUCACCUUUAUCCCUCUUGGACAAGAAAGAAGGAGAGCAAGCUAAAGCUCUGUUUGAAAUAGUGAAGAAGCUCCGUAUACAUAUAGAGGAAGGUGACUUGUUGUACCGGAUGUACGUGCUGCAGACCUUCAUUAAAAUGUUAAAGUUUGUCGUCAUCACUGUAUACAGUGCCUUCCUGGUACCUAGUAUUCAGAUUGUGGUAAAAUGCUCAGUUCCCAAAGAGGUGACGGGUUUUGACAUCUACUGCUGCAACUAUGUCAAAGCCCACCUGUUUUCCAAGUUGGCCUAUUGCUAUAUCUGCUUUGUUGGCGUGUACGGCCUACUGUGCAUCUAUACCCUGUACUGGCUCUUCCAUCGGCCGCUCAAAGAAUAUUCCUAUGAAAAUGUACGUUUGGAGACUAGCAUCAGUGAUAUUCCUGAUGUCAAAAAUGACUUUGCCUUUCUGCUGCACCUCUGUGACCAGUACGACCCCUUGUACUCCAAGAGGUUCUGCAUGUUCCUGUCUGAAGUCAGCGAGAGUCGGUUGCGGCAAGUCAACCUUAAUCACGAGUGGACUGUGAGUAAGCUUCGGAAGUGCCUCUCCAGAAAUGCCAGCAAAAGGCUCGAGCUGCACUUGCUGGCUCUCCCAGGACUGCCGGAUACCGUCUUUGAGGUCCCAGAGGUGGAGUCCCUCAAACUGGAGCUGAUGAACGACAUCAUCAUCCCAGACAGUAUCUUCCAGCUCAUGUUCCUCCAGGAGCUCAGUCUGCUUCAUUGCCCAGUCAAGUUGAAGCUGAAGGCGCAGAACCACCUCCGAGAGCACCUCAAGGUACUGCGGCUCACUUUCAGAAGCCCGGAACAGAUCCCUCCUUGGGUAUAUACACUUUUAGACCUGGAGGAACUGCACCUCACGGGACCCCUGACCCAAAGCACCUCCCUCGAAGACCUGAGUAAGCUCAGAAAUCUGCGGUUUCUGGCCCUCCGCAGCCGGCUCUCCAAAAUCCCAUUGAGUGUGGGGAAUAUUGGGUGGCUACACAAACUCGCCAUUCACAACGAGGGCAGUCCAUUGCGUGCUUUCCACAGCCUUACAAAGCUGACUGACCUGACCUCCCUAGAGCUGGUGGGCUGUGACCUGGAACGCAUCCCCAGAACCGUCCUUGGCCUGACUAAUCUACAGCAGCUGGACCUGAGGGAGAAUAAGUUGAUGACGAUUGAAGAGAUCCUCAGCCUGCAGCACUGUCGGCACCUGGUCACCCUCCGAUUGUGGCACAAUGCCAUCCUGUACAUCCCUGAGCAUAUCAAUAAGCUUGUCUCCCUUGAGACACUCAAUCUCAGCUGGAAUAGGAUUCGCAGCCUCCCAACAGGGCUUUUCUACUGCAUCAGGCUGCGCCAUCUGAACCUCUCCCAUAACCAGUUGUCUUCCCUUCCCCCAGAGGUAGGUAUUCUGCAGUGCCUCCAACACCUCUCCCUUGCCUCCAACUCCCUCAGCUCACUUCCAGAUGAACUGUUCUCUUGCAAGCACCUGAAAAGACUUGUCCUGGCGGACAAUAGCCUGGCCUCCCUUUCUCCUCUUGUGUCCGGCCUGGGCCAGCUGGUGCACCUGGAACUCCAAGGCAAUCGGCUUCAAUUCCUGCCCCGUGAAAUAGGGGACUGCUGUCUGCUGAAGCUCAGUGGGUUGGUAGUGGAGGACAGACUCCUUGACCUGUUGCCAUCUGACAUCAGGAAUCGGAUGAGUGACACUUAAAGCAAAAACAUCCAAAAAGAUUUUAUAUUGAAGUAGGACGACACUUUGUCUGUUGGCCCUGCAAAUGUCUGUAUAUUUAUCAGGUUCUAUAAACUUGCCUCUCAAUAUUUGUGUUAGCAGCAGUUUGGGUACCUAUUUCAGUCAUAUUUUUCUCUUUUUUUUUAUGUGUGUCGAGACACAAUAUCCCAAAAACUUACACUACUGAAAAACUGGUAUUUGUUGUCUGAUAAGGACGUAUUUUGUCAGUGAGGCCUACAUGUGAGGUGUAUCUAAACAAAUUGUACUGAUGUGCCCUUUUCACCUGAAUUGGAUUUGUUGUGAUUCAUCAUCUAAACAUCAUCUAAACCACUUCAGGGAAAUUGGUGAAUUCUCCAUCUACCUGAGAUUUGUCUUAAGAGCUUAAGUUCUUGCCAUAAAGGAGUUGGAGAACUGAAUUCUUGCUUGACCCUAGAGGUUCCAAACCUCUCUACUGCAUGACAAUGACAGGAUAAAUUACUAAGAAUUUUGGCAUGUGUUCAGACCAUUGCUUCUCGUGGAUUUUUUUUUCAUAUAGUGAAUGAACCUUAAUUGUACCAGUUUCACUAGAUUGUGUCGAGCUCAAAACUUUAAGGGUUGAUGAUCUUGAAUGUAUAUUGAUGGCUUGGUUAACUUGACUCGAAUUAGCAAGCGCCCUCUUACCAUCCAAACUCAAAACAGGAAAAAGGUGAUUCACGCUAUUAGCUGUUACAAAUAUUCUAUAGCUAUGUCUCUACAUUCUGUCAGACUUUGUUUUUCAGGUUUUGCGGGUAUUUGUGAGCGCAUAUACUGUAAGAUAAAACGUUACCACUCCAAUGGACUUUGUAACGAGCUUGUCUCCUCCGGGCAGAGAGCAGCCAAUCCUGUUGCGACUGGCUGAGCUAACGUGCGGAGCCGUGUUCUGACUGGCUUCUCCGCCGCGGGCACCUCAGCUGAGGCUGAGACGUUCCUUCCCACGACAUUCCGUCUCCCGAAAAACACCAAACACUAACCUAAAUUCUUGUGGAAAUGACCUCUGCCCAAGGUUAGCAGUCACCGCCCGGAGGAGAAUUCCAGAAGUGGGCAGCAUGAUGGUGGAAUUCCAGCUAGAAUUCUGAUUGUGUUCAGCGUGCGUGUGCCGGCAUUCAUUAACACCUACACAGAGCACCGGCCUGCACCAUACAACCCCCUCCCCUCUCUAUCUCCCUCAUAGAUCUUUAGUUUUAACCUUAAGGAAUGAUCCAGACAACAGAUCUUUUUGUGUAUCUUUUCUACACUUUUCUAUAUUGUAGUGGCCCCGCUCUGAAUGACUCAAAGUACAAACCUUAUUUACUAUAGUGUUUUUAAAUGUAAAUUAUAAGUUGAGUAGCCAAGGGUGACCUGAAGAGCUCAUGGUUAUGUAUGACAUUUCCCAUCUAUACAGCCAUUGGCUUUGGAAACGCAAUUUGCUAGCAAUAUAAGUUAGUGUUUAGUGUGUAUUAGAAUAAUUCAAGCUGAUUAUAUGCGGUGAUACAACUGGUUUCAUAUCGUUUAUUUCCCAACACUAUUUAUCCAGCUGCAUUAUAAAAACUAAUGCAAACAUUGACGAAAUACUGCAGGAGGUGUUUCUAAGAAAUGUCCAGUUGGGUAAUAUUAAUGGCAGUUAUUGACUUGUUUACAGAAAUGCAGAAAGUCCAGUAUGAUAAGCUACCAGCAACUAUAUGUACAUCCUGAUGCCAACAGUUAGUAUAUUUACAAAGUGUUUGUAAAAAAAAUGUAUUAUUCAUCCUUUCUGUAAAUCCGUAAAUCCAUUUUAAAGCUUUUUCAAAAUAGUCUGUCAGUAGGAGAUAUGCCAUAUCAGUAAAAACAGAAAUUUAAGUAUGAAGGACUCAUCAUUCCACGUUAAUUGACUGGGUAAGUAGCCUUAUCGAGAUGAGAGGGGAAGACAUUAACGUGCUGUUUGUCAGCAGUGCUUUCUUCCUUGUCAUUUCCCUUUAUUGCAGGCCCUGGUAUAAGUAGAGAACCAAUGAGGUCGCUCAGUUUUACUCUCCCCACUUUCCUGUCACCUACGCGUCAUGAAUUUACAUGUAUGUGGUUUAAGCUGCAGAAUAACUCAGGCCGUAUCCUCCACAGAGGUCAUUUCCAGAAGAAUUCUGUCUCUGCUUGUUGCUGACCAGGGCCUCCCUGAAAGCGCAUUAUUUGUAAAGGAUGUAAUAAAUAGUGGGUAUUUCCACGACGCCACAUCAAUACUCAUUUCCACAAAGAAGAAAUCCUUGUAAAAAGCAGAGAAAAUUACAGGUUUGCAGUAAUUCGGGGGGGUCUGAGGUCAUUCACAACUGCAAAUUUUUAUUUUGGCAAAAAUAAAACCUCAGGCUAUGGA